GCAGUUUAUUUCUUCCCUUUAACUAGGUAAUAGUCCGGUCUUCCGUCCUACCCACCGCCCUCUUCCUCUGCACACCUUCCUACAUGUUCGGAAAGGUCUUCAAUUAAGUCAUUUGCAGAAGUAAGGCUAAGCUAUGGAUAGGAGAAAAAAUAAUGUGAACCCAGAAUCAAAACUCCGAGAAUUGUCAAAACAGGACUGUAAUUCUAAGUGUGCAGAUUGUGGAGCUGCAAAGCCAAGAUAUGCAUCCAUUACGCUUGGAAUAUUUCUGUGCAAUCGAUGCUAUGGAAUUCACCGUUCAAUUGGCGCCCACAUCACUCGCACCAAGUGUAUUGGUUUAGAUAAUUGGAGCACCCACGAAGUCAACCUCAUGACCUCUGUAGGAAAUGCUGUAGCAUCUGCUUAUUGGGAAAAGAAUGUGCCGAACGGGUAUAGCAUACCAACUUCAGAUUCUCCAGAUGCUGUAGUAGAGAAGUGGAUUAGAGACAAAUAUGAGAAAAAACUCUUUUGUCCACCUCACUUGCCUCCUCCACAUGUUACAAAGCAGCAACAAAAUUCACAUCACUUGGGUGCUGGCAAUCCUUCAAGAGGACAAGUUCUAAAUGAUGACUGGACGCCAUUUAUUAGUGCAAAUUUAGCUGGUGAUUUUUCUGCCUCCAACCCUUGCAGCAAUGCUGAGGUUUGGGAUCCUUUUGGUGACAAUGUGACCCACUCAAACAGGUAGGUUUCCCAAGUCCUAGAUUAAGCUACGGUCAUGCUUUUUUGCUCAAAAUCUUGUAUAUAAUCAAUGAAUUUUAGAUAAAAUGGGUCUGUAUUUUGAGGUCAGCAAUAAAUUAGAGAGAUCUGUUUAUGAUCUUGGCAUAAUACUUUGCCAAACAGGUUCCCAUGGUUGUAUUUAUCUUGUUUGCCUCAUAAAUUCAUCUGGACCCAGCUUAUUAAUGAAAUACACGAGCUAAAACCAGAUUCAUUUAAACUUCAA